CGCGCCGCCGGCGACGAGCCGCACCCGUCGGUGGAGAAUCUGAUCCGAUCCGACGGCCCUGAUCGCAUCCACAUAACUAAUUAACAAUUCCGUAAAACUAAUCGCUCCCUUCGCCCUCUUAAAUUAGGGAGAGGGUCGCCACCCAACUACGACUCCAGGGUUAGGGUUAGGUUUCUUUUUCUUCUGGAAUCUCGAACCUGUCCCGUGUUUCCUUUCGAUUUGGAAGGGGAUUUCUUCGGAUGGCCACGAGCUUCGAUCGAUGGGAGAAGGAUCCCUUCUUCUCCGCCGCCGAGGAGGUCCAGGAAUCCGCCGACAGGUUGGAAUCGAUUUAUAGGCAGUGGAUCCAAGAGAGGAAACAGGCGUCGAAGCUCCGAGGAAGAAGCGAAUGCGCCUCCGUCGAGCUCCACAGAGAGCUUCACACAGCUCUCGGCACCGCAAAGUGGCAGCUCGAGGAAUUGGAGCGGGCGGUCAGGUCGAAUGAUGAGGCCUCUUUGGCGGGGGAAGAUACGAGAGCUCGGCACAGCCAAUUCGUGGCAGCAAUUGGAAAUCGGAUAUCAGUGAUGGAGAAUGCUUUGAAGGAAUCAAAUCUUGAGGCGGGCGAGACUGCUCUGACCUGGGUCCGAUUGGAUGAGCGAGAACGAGACGAACUCGCUCGAUUCCUAUCCUGCCCUGUCUUGGAAAGAGAGGAGGCAUUGAUGAUUCCAUCUGUUGGUGACCUUGAGAAUAGGAACGGUGUGAUGAAAAUGAAUGGAGAGGCUUCUGGUGGCAGUUCAAAGAAUUCUUGCAACUCAAAUGAAUCAUAUUCAUGGGAAACGGGGGGUGAGAGGGUGCCUGAGCCUCGAAGGACAGCAAGUGCCAGUGCUGAUAUCGGGGCAUGGAAGAUUUCGUUUCCCAGUGAGGGUGAGGAGACUUCUGAGAUAUCAUCUGAUGAUCGUCCUAAUGCUCCCCCUCCAAGGAUACUUAGCUUCUCUGUGUUAACUGGUGCUUUAGAAUCAACAUCUAGAAUGAAAUGGUACAAAAAUGGGUUCAGGAAGUGGAAAGGAGGGCACCAACAUGAUGCAACAUGCUCCAUCCCUGUACGAAAUCAUCAGGAAUUCAAUGCUUGCUACGAGAGAAGUAAAAGUUGCCUUAGUGAUUGUGGAGAGGAGAAAUGUGAUAAGCAGCUUGAUGGGUGGGUUGGUGCUCUUCAAAGACAACUUCAAAGGUCUCAGUAUCAAAUUCAGUAUGGUCGGCCUAUUCAGAUUAUUCUUUGGGCAAUCCUUGCUGCCUUAUUGAUUGUAAUAUUUGCAUUUUGUGCUACUUAAAGGAGCUAGUGGAAAUUUUUCGUUGGUGUAUGGGCUGGGGAGACAGCUUUGCUACCUCAAUAGUUGAUAAGUGCAGGUGCAACUGGCCACCUGAGCUUCCAAUGGAGAAAUGAUUGUGAGACAGCCAGCGGCAUGUUGCUGUGUUUCAAAGAACUGUAUGUGGGUCACCAGAACAUGGCAAUGGAUGAAUGACACCUGAUGCGGGAGAAGGCACUUGUUUGAGACGCUCGGUCAAGUUGUCGGUGUGGUCUUUGCCAAAAGGCACAAAAAAAUAAAAAGAAACCAGAUUGAAGGUAGUGGACUGUACCUUCCUGAAGAUUUGGGAUAUUGACAUCCAUCUCGAGUUCUGCUCUUUCCAUGGUUCCCUGCUGUUCAGCUACUUGACUCCCAGGAGUGAUGCAACAAUAGGCUAUCCAAAGAAACAUAGUAUUGGGAAAGGCAAGCUGGAGUUUGUUUAUCCCAGGUCACAGGACACAUUUGUCAGAUAGGUGCUGUUUAAUUUGCCUAAUCUGAUGGCAUGCUGCUACCUCCUUCCUGUUGAUGCAGUAGAUUGUAUUUUAAUGUUUACUGUGAGAAUGCUGCCUUCUUUACUUGUUAUCAGAUUCCAAAAAGUGCACUCCGUCAGUAAAUCGGACAUUGAAAGUUACUGCAACCAGAGCCUGUUGAAAAACAUUUCAAUUUUUUAGAAUCGGUAUUAAUUUUUGACGAAUGUAUCAACUACCAUGUGGAAUAGUUUGACUUCUUGGCUUCUAUCUGAUGUGUAUUUCCUUUUGUAUUUUCUGAUAUAGAAUAGAAUAGAACCAAGUUUUUUACCA